GGACCAUCGUCGUGUCGUGCAAAACGUAGUCCAAUUUCUAUUAUUUUGAUCAUUCAAGCUAGACAUUCGCGUGUACAUUUGCUCCUCUUUGCUGUCCAGAGAAUAUUCAAACACGUACGACUCCUAUUACGUGUUUAGUAAACCUUCGUUGGCAGAUCGUCGUUACGUUCCCGUGAUCCGUGCUUGGUUUCUCAUAUCUUUAACAAGCACACCAAUUGGUUUCGUGUUAUCUUUUGCUUCGCGGUAUUCCCGUCCGUAUGGUCCACAUUGGCAGACUUCGAUUAAAGGUCAGUCCUAACGACGGUGCCAAAUUGAUGCUAGCUAUCGUCGAAAUUCUCCAGCAUCGCGUCGGAAGUACGACGCAAUCCAUCUUUGAUUAGCAAACCAACUUUGGAUAACCCUCCCGACACCAGAAGCAGUCAAGAGUAAACAACAAUUAGAGUGAAAACGAAACGAAAGCAAUCUGCAACAAAGAGAACCACUUUCGCUCGCCGUGCCAAACGUAUUGGCUCUAGGUGGGCUUCAAUGGGAAUAUCUUUGUGCGCUGUGCAAAGCGUAUAAGUGAAGCAGUUGCUGGAGAAAGGGAGUGAAAAGAAACAACGACGACGACGUCCAGUGUGUGUAAGCAAGAAAAGUAAAAAGCAAGUGCACAGUCAGCAAAUAGUUUACCCACUUUAGUCUACCUCCGGAUCGGUGUGUAAUGGCAUCCGUUGUAAGGAUUCCCGGUCGUCUUGUUGAGUCCUGGUGUACGGCACAUCGGUGCUAAACGCAGUGGGUGACGAAUCGUUCCCGUCAGAAUCACCAUAUCGAACUACGUUUACCUGUCAUCGUCCCGGUUGAAGAAAGAUCCGCAUCUUCCGCCUACUGCUCGGUUCUCCAAGGUGUUCAACCAUGGGAUUGCUCUUUGCCAAAAUAUGGAGCCUUUUCGGCAACGAAGAACACAAACUCGUUAUGGUCGGCCUAGACAACGCGGGCAAGACGACCAUCCUGUACCAGUUUCUGAUGAAUGAAGUCGUUCACACGAGCCCAACGAUCGGCUCGAACGUGGAAGAGAUUGUUUGGAAAAAUAUUCACUUUCUCGUCUGGGACCUGGGUGGACAGCAAAGCUUACGGGCCGCGUGGAGCACGUACUACACAAACACCGAGUUCAUCAUCAUGGUAAUAGACUCAACGGAUCGCGAACGGUUAGCGGUGACACGUGAGGAAUUGUACAAAAUGCUCCAGCACGAAGACUUAACCAAGGCUAGUUUAUUAGUGUACGCCAAUAAGCAGGAUCUAAAAGACUCCAUGAGUGCAGCUGAAAUUUCCAAACAAUUAGAUCUAACAUCCAUCAAAAAUCACCAGUGGCACAUACAGUCCUGCUGUGCGCUAACGGGCGAAGGCCUCUACCAGGGAUUAGAAUGGAUUGCGCAACGGAUUAAGAAGAAAUGACACCCACCCGAAUAAAGCAAGUGAGCGAGCAAGCCGAGUGCGCAGAACGCUAGGGAAAGAUUCACCUUCGUUCUGUUUGGAGAGGCUGUGCUGGUGAAUUAAUGGAGUUGUUAGGGCUGCGGCCUUCCCGUCAGCAACGUUAUGUAUGGUAACCCUUGGGAGGCCAACCAGUACAGCAAACGGUGGGCAUCCGGUCGGAAAUGAUAGCUUCUCAACUCUGGCCGAAUGUGAAACAAAUGUGUAUAUGCGUAGGACAUAAAAUACAGCGCAACUGGGCAAACUGAAGUUUGCCACAACAUGGGACAAGCUAUUCCUCAGUACGCGGUUAGAAGAUUAAAUCAAACAAAUUAUUCCUAGGCUAGGAUGGAAAACGUGAGAUGAUAAGCCGUCUCGAGAAUGUAUAGUGCACCUUUGUAUGAAAGUGGUAUGCAUGCUCCACGAAUGUAGGGAUGGAUGUAAUUGUCGUUACUGAAUAUACGAUAGCAAAUUUCAAACCGAUGUAAAUGUCCACAAGUUUCGCAAGAGAACAGGGUGAUCAAAACGCCACAUCAGCCACACAAGAACAGUACUAUGUAAUUCUCAAUCAGACCGAAAAGGUAAAGUGGAAAAUCUGCUUUGAUGAAAAAGUUGCACUCAAGGUUAAGGAAUCACUCAAUGCCCGAACUUGUAUGAGAUUAACAUAUGAAACCAAACACAAAAAAGAAACCAUCCUUAUGUGUACAGUGUCCGUAGAGUUAAGAGCAAAGGAAAUGUUUUCGACAAGCCUAAGUAAAAAUUCGAAACCGUGUAGAAUUCCGUACUGAAGAGACAGAAAACCUACAUAAACUGGGCAAACAAACCGGACCUUCGUAUUGUACGAUGCGAUGUAAGUAAUAGGGCUAUACCGUGCUAAGUUACUUGUUAACAUUAACCGUAACAUUUUAGGGGUCUGCAAACACUAUAUUAGCAAAGAAUGGGCGUGUGAAUUCGGUUAUCAAUGUUUUUUUUAAAUAUUUGUUUUACAUUUUCCUCAUGUGUUAAUAAGAGCUAAAGUAAGCUGCUGUAUCUUGUUUUUAAUCAUUCUUUCCCCAACAUAAAAUGGGAGCUACACGGAAAUUGUUUGUACAUUAUAAAGGAGUAAAGAAGGGAAAACUGUGUGACUACUUAUGGAUAUAGGAAGAAUAUUGCGUUACAAUGCUAAUCGGACACGUUGGAAUGUUAUGGAAUUCUUCGCUGCUGGGCGAUACCAGAUUCAUCGAGGGACUGUAAAUGCCACGGAAAACAGAGAACUACUUACAUUAUUAGUUAAAUAAAUAUUAAAUAUUUCUCAAAACGAA